UUCAUAGAUAUCGUAGAGCACAUAUGAUCAAAAGAAAAAAAAAUCAAUGUUUAUCCAUAUUUCUAAACUGAAAUUAAAUGAUACUAUCUUCGAAGUUCUGUAUGACCCUUCUGGGUUUAUCGCCUAUUUUUGACUGUAAUAAUAAUAUCUUGGAAGUUACUCUAAACCCACACUGACAAUUUGUUAAGAGUGUGCGGAGCAAGUCACGUGUGAUAGUGACGAACCACAAUAGGAAGGUCUGAUCUGACAAGUACACACAAGGCAAGAUGCGGGUACUCCUCUGGUUUGCACUGACGAUGGUCGCAGCUCAGCAGGACACACAAAGUAACAAAGUAACGACGGCUCAUCUGAGAAUCCUGGACAGUCUCCUGAGAAACUACGAUCGCAGGGCGACCCCAACCAACCACAAGAAUGAGCCGACCAACGUUACGUGUGAGCUCUACAUUCGAAGCUUCGGCUCCAUCAACCCCACCACCAUGGACUACCAGGUGGAUCUGUACCUGCGUCAGGAGUGGGAAGAUGAGCGCCUCCGUCACCCAGAUAUCACCAAUCCGCUGGAUCUCAACGACCCCAACCUGGUGAAGGCUAUUUGGAAGCCUGAAGUAUACUUCCCCAACGCUAAGCUGGCGGAGUUCCAGUUCGUCACUGUUCCCAACGUCCUGGUCAGGAUCAACCCGAACGGCCAGAUACUCUACAUGCUGAGGUUGAAGCUAACGUUCGCCUGCAUGAUGGAACUGUCUCGCUUCCCCCUUGAUGUCCAGGUCUGCACCAUGGAGAUUGGUUCUUCUCCAUACUGGUGCUACGUACUCCAUGACGGGCCUGACAUAUGUAUGAAGCCCCCGGAAUGGCUCUUUGUUGAGAUUCCUGAGCAAAGAGUUGUCUUAAAAGCUUGUUCGGUUUUACCUGACGGAGUUGCUGUUUCCCUCACAGGUAACUAUAGCUGCCUACGCGCCCUCAUUACCCUUGAGAGAAACAUUGGGUUCCACCUGGUGCAAAGUUACCUUCCCAGCAUCCUCAUUGUGGUCAUCUCCUGGAUGGGCUUCUGGAUGGACACAGACUCCGUCCCUGCCCGCACUUGCCUGGGCGUCACCACUCUCCUCACCGUCUCCAACCAGGCAUCAGAGACGCAGUUGAAGAUCCCUCAGGUAUCCUACAUAAAAGCGCUCGACAUCUGGAUGGGUGUGUGUACAGCGUUCAUCUUCGCGGCGCUGCUGGAGUUUACCGUAGUCAACUACUACUGGCGUAAGAAGCUAAGUUCUCCCUGCCACAACCCCUGCCGACCCAAGACCACCUCAGACAGCUGGAUGGAACUGAUGCCGCAGAACGGGCGGGGGGGUGAGCAGACUCCGCAGGCCUCCCCGGCAGCAGACGUGGCAGAGUUCUCCAUUAGCAGGGCAGACACUCGCCGCUACCGCCUCCUGGCCUGCAGGAUCGACGAGGUCUCCCGUUACUUGUUCCCCGUCACCUUCCUCGUCUUCAACGUAGCCUACUGGUGCUAUUACAUGUCUCACCGCCACUAGACGCCCUGUUCAGACUAUGUUGUCCAACGUCAUUACACGCCGUGUUGUCAAUUAGUGCUAUACAAUACAAUAUAAUAUAACAAUACAGUAUAAUACAGUACAGUACGCUGCUAGACCAGCAUGUGGUGUUGUAUUAAGCAAGGUGUAAAAUACAGGUAAAUGUCUAAAAGAGACAUGCUGUACGGUAGACAACUUUAUUAAGGAAAUGUUUCGCCCACCAGGGGGUUUAAACGUUGUACAUCUCUUUUGAUACGUAAAUGAACUACUGCUGGUGCUGAUUAUGUACAUAUGCCAGCACCGCUAUUGCUAGUACUGAUACAUGAACUACAGAUGUUACUGCUACAUAUACCAGCAUCACUAGACCUGUUAAUAUAUGUACCAUCACUACAGCUGUUGCUGCUACAUGUACCAACAUCACUGCAGCUGUUGCUACAUGUACCAGCGUCACUGCAGCUGUUGCUACAUGUACCAGCGUCACUGCAGCUGUUGCUACAUGUACCAGCGUCACUGCAGCUGUUGCUACAUGUACCAACAUCACUGCAGCUGUUAAGCAAAAGGACACAAAUGCAACUAAUGUGACAUUUUAUUGUGGCAACGUUUCGCUCUCCACAAGUUUUAUCAAGCCGUUACAAACAAUACAUGGACACAGAGGGUAUAUAUAGGCUUGGAGUGAAGUGUAAUACUAGAGGUAGGAGUAGUUGUAGUAAUAUUAGUUGUAGUAGCAGCAGUAAUACAAUAAAGUAGAAGAAUCAAUUUGCACAUAAGUAAAAGGUUAUAAAUGUUAUUGCUUGGUGCUUGUGUAGUAUUAGCAGCAGACUGUGUGAUGGCAGUGUUUACUGUUUUGAGGAGGAUUUUUGCUAAUACUUCAGAGAUGAUAAAGCUGGCUUUAUUUUGUUUGUGUUAGAAACAGCGAUUAACGAUGAUUCAAGGCAUUUACGUCUGCGGAAAUUAGGCUUUCUGAUCACUAUUCGGGCAUUGUUGAAUUUCAUGAGGGGAUUGGUGGAAUUCCGGUAUUGUACGCAGGCGUUGUUCAAGUUAUCAUUCCUACAUGCAUUAAUGUGUUCAUUGAGGCGUGUUUCAAGGUUCCUUGCUGUUUCACCUACAUAUAUCUUGUCACAGCCUCCACAAGGUAUAGUGUAUACUCCUGCACUGACUGGUUCAUUGUGGUUCGAUUUUGUCCUGGUUAGAUCACUUAUGGAAGUGCUGGAUGCGAUGGCGACUCUAGUGUUAGUUUGUGCGAGUACCUUGGAAACAUUCAAUGCAACCUGGCUGUUG